CGUCUUGCCUGGGUUUGCCCUGCAGUAAUGAGCAGAGGAGGCACGAGAGAAGUCGCGAUAAAUCAUUUCUCCACGAAUUUUCUCCAAAUUAUUUAAUUAUCAUUAUUAAUAAAGGUGCACGCUUGUCCUGAGGUGUUCAGAGAUGGCGCUUUUGGGAGGUUUGUCUCGGCUUGUUGGGGUGUCCAGGAGCAGCAGCAUUCAUGUCGCUGCAUCUCUUAGAAGUCAGUCUACUGCCAGCGCCGCUGCUUUGGCCACUGCAUCCAGUCCAAAAACACAGGAAAAGAGAAAACCCAAGACAGGCAUCCUCAUGCUGAACAUGGGUGGACCCGAGAGACUGGAAGACGUUCAUGACUUCCUGUUACGUCUUUUCCUGGACACAGAUCUGAUGCAGCUUCCUGUCCAGGAUAAACUGGGACGGUUCAUAGCCAAGCGUCGCACACCCAAGAUCCAGGAGCAGUACAGCAAAAUCGGAGGAGGAUCUCCCAUCAGAGCCUGGACCACCAUGCAGGGAGAGGGCAUGGUCAAACUGCUGGACCAGAUCAGUCCUGAAACUGCUCCUCACAAGUUUUAUAUCGGUUUCCGGUACGUUCAGCCUCUAACGGAGAAGGCCAUCGAGGAGAUGGAGAUGGACGGAGUGGACAGAGCUGUGGCCUUUACUCAGUAUCCUCAGUACAGCUGCUCCACUACUGGCAGCAGUUUGAAUGCUAUCUACAGAUACUACAACAGCAAAGGACUGAGCCCUAAAAUGCGCUGGAGCGUGAUUGACCGCUGGCCCACACACCCUCUGCUUAUCGAGUGUUUUGCUCAGCAUGUGUGUAAUGAGCUGGAGAAGUUUCCUCCUGAGAAGAGAGACGACGUGGUCAUUCUCUUCUCUGCCCACUCGCUCCCCAUGUCUGUAGUGAACAGAGGAGACCCGUACCCUCAGGAAGUAGGGGCUACAGUCCAGAGGGUGAUGGAGAGGCUAUCUUACUGUAACCCGUAUCGUCUCGUCUGGCAGUCAAAGGUGGGCCCGAUGCCAUGGCUCGGUCCCCAGACAGAUGAGGUGAUAAAAGGUUUGUGUAAAAGAGGGAAGAAGAACCUGCUGCUGGUUCCAAUCGCCUUCACCAGCGACCACAUCGAGACUCUACACGAGCUGGACAUAGAGUACUCGCAGAUCCUCGCAGAAGAGUGUGGAGUCGAAAACAUCAGAAGAGCGGAAUCUCUCAAUGGAAACCCGCUGUUCUUUAAGGCAUUAGCAGAUUUGGUUCAGACUCACCUGAAGUCUAAAGAGCCGUGUUCUCGGCAGCUCACCCUGCGAUGUCCUCUGUGCGUGAAUCCGACUUGCGGGAAAACCAAGGCCUUCUUCGCCAAACAGAGUCUCUGAUGUUGUUUUAUUGUUAUUACUAUUUUUUUCAUUUUUUGCCUGCGAUCCUUCGUGCCUGGGAGAAGCUCCUCACAUCACCCGCCAAAACUUACGCUAACAAACAGAACCGUACAGAACUGUAGAGAACCUGAAGCUCCAGAAAUGUGCUGAACGAUGGAGCGAGGCCAGGCUUCAAACCUUCGUCAUUCCUCCGGAAUACUAUAUUAAAGUAUUGGCACCCUCUGGCUCAUUAGGGCAUAUCGUCAUGCUCUUAGGGUCUCCAAAAUGAUCCAGAUCUGUGUGGAGGUCUGGGAAAACACACUCUGGCCUCAUAAAUGGAAAGAUUUACGCUAUAUGAAGUGAGAGAUUGAGAUAUUCCUCCAAUAAAUUUCUCAACCACAAGUUAAAAAGCUCCUAAAGAGAAAUGCGAGACCAUUUGCUUGUAAAGACUUUACUGAAAGACCCCGUGAUAUCAUAGUGACUGAAAAUAUAUUCUACAGACUUCUAUAGACUUCAUUCGUUUUCUAUAGAUUUCUUCAGACUUAUAGAUUUCAUUAGUCUUCUAUAGACUUGUACAGACUUUUAUAAACUUCUACAGACUUCGAUAGACUUCUACAGACUUCUGUAGACUUCUAUGGACUUUUAUAGACUUCUACAAAUUUAGAUUUUGGUAGAUUUCUAUGGUUGUCUAUUCAACACAGUUCUGCAGACUCCUAUAGACUUCUACAGACCUCUACAGAUUUAAUUUGUCUUCUGUAGACUUCUACAGACUCCUAUCGAUUUCAUUAGUCUUCUAUAGACUUCUAUAGACUUCUGUAGAUAUAGAUAACCUUCUGUUUGUUUUGAUUUUUGUUUUCUGUAGACUUUUAUACAGAUUUUAAAUCAGAGCCUUGUUGCUACUUUAUACAUCUUUUUUUUGUAGCUCAGUCCUGAAAUCAUCUUUCAUUAAUUGUGGAAGUUUUGUUCUGUAGGAUAAAUACAGCUACAGCUACAGCUACGGCUCAAAAAACCUCUGCCAUUAUGUUUAGAAAGUAAAUUAUAAUCUAUUCGCAGGUCACUAACAUUUUAUUUCGGUCUUGAUUUUGUGUGUUUUUGCCAGAAUGCCUGUUUUCCCAGACCCCCACACAAACCUAAAGAAUAUUUAAUGCAUACACAAGUGUUGCACUCACACACAUGACGGACCUUUAGUGUGGUAGUGUGUGUGAUUCUGUGAUCACCAACUAUUGGUCAACGCUAUGUGUAGCUCCGCCCACUCGUUUCAUAUAUAUUCCCUGGUAUUUUCAGUAUCCUGGGAAAACCGACACUGAAUAACGAGACUGAAUAAUGAGACUAACUUUAACACCCAUACGAGUGCCAAAUCGAAGCACGCACAACCGACACCGUGUGCCUUUCCCUGGUGACAUUAAAAAGCUCAUAAAGUGCUUUAGCUGUGGAAUAGCGCACUCCGAGUCGCGCAGUUACGGAAAACAAUCAACAGAUUCGCUGCAGACGUCCCGCUGUGUUUCAUUUCCCUUUGAGUUACACAGCAAAGUUCCAACACUAACCGUAGUCAUGAUUUAAUGAAAGAUGUUCCUGAAGAUCUUCCAUAAAAACAAAGAAAGCUUGUCAUUUUGCCGAAGGAAAAAAAUAAAUAAACUCGUCCAUCCUCUAGACUUAAAGCCAUGAAUUUAAACUUGCGGCUUUACCUCUGACUGUUACAAAGCACUGACACUGGAGACUCCUUCCAACAUUAAAAAAACUAAUAAAAAUUAUUAAGUAAAUAAAAAGCUAACAAAAAAAACAUUUCAGCUGUUACUAUAAAAACGCUAUAAUAUUAUAUAUUAUAAUAUAAUCGAUUCGUAGCUGCAUGGUGGUCAGAGCUGCUGUUCUAGAAAAAGAAUGGACCAAUCAGGAGCCAGAAUUGAUGAACGCAGUAGAAUAUUGGUGAUUUUCCGAUCAGCUGAUGGACCGAAUGUUCUGCGUCCUUUCUCGUAGAAGAGUUUAAACAAAAAGAAAAAAACGUAUGUAGAGGAAAUGAUUUACUUGAAAUGUUCUUUUAAUAAGAAAAAACAAACAAACAAAAAAACCAAACAAAAAGGAGAAUACGUAGUAUGGAUAUCAUGGCUUUCUUCCGCUACCGAAAGAGGAGAAAAAAAGAAAAGUCAAAACAUUCGUUUUAUACCGAAACGUCCGUUUUUUUUUGUCCGUCCAGUCCUCUGCUAUUUGCUCUUCAUCUUUCUCUCCCUCCAGCAUGUCCAAGCUACUGUUGAUUAGGCCAAGAGAAAUUGGUUGUCCUGGACCCAAUCACCCCUCAGUGGAGCAUGUGUGUGUGUGUGAGGGAUGCUCUGGGGGCCGGCGGGAGCCUCCUGGUAAUUGAAAAGCGAGGACGCCGGCGCUGGCGAGCAGCGUGACCUCUAAUUGAGAGGGGAGCGAUUGAUUUCUCCAGCGUGAGAGAAAGAGAGGGAGUGAAGAAUAGGGGGAUGGGGCGGCGCUCAGGGAGGGAGGUGUGAAAAAUGAAAGCGUGAGCGUUUUCUCAAGAGGUGCACAAGACAAAGUAAAAGGAGAAGCGGGAGAGACGGAGACGGAGGGAGGGAGGGGAGGGGAGGGGAUGUUUGGGUUUGUUAGAACUAAACCCACGUCCUCAUAUUUCACAAAUUCUCACAUUCUCUCUUCAGUUCAUAUUAAACGAUUAGAAUGGCAUUAAAAUCAUAUCUCUGAGAUGGGUCCAGCCUUUUUACUGACCGCUAUAUGGAUGACAACGAGCCUGGAAUUAUUUAAUUUUCAUUUUAAUACAAGCUCAAAUGUCUAGCUAUGAUUUAUCAUUUUUUUUGUCUGAGAUGUUUAUCUGAAGCUGUUGUUUAAAUAAAAAUCAGAAAUAAAAUGAGUUAUUUUAAAAAUUCUAUAA